CGUUGCCUCAACGCACCGCCCCACUCUUAUCAAUUUUAUUUUUUCUUAACUAUUUUAUUUAUAAAACCACUCCAAACUCUCUUCCCUAAAAUCACACUCAAUUUCAUUACUUAGCUUCACUUCCUCAACUCCCAGAUUUUCCAUGUCUUUCAGAGGUCUCAGCCGGCCAAAUGCUUCAUCUGGCAUGGGUGUUGAUGAGAACAGCAAGAGUACUUUCAUGGAAUUGAAGCAGAAGAAGGUUCAUCGUUAUGUUAUCUUUAAGGUUGAUGAGAAGAAAAGAGAGGUUGUAGUUGAGAAGACUGGUGGUCCUGCUGAGAGCUAUGAUGAUUUUGCUGCUUCUUUGCCUGAGAAUGAUUGCAGAUAUGCUGUGUUUGAUUAUGAUUUUGUUACUUCUGAGAAUUGUCAAAAGAGCAAAAUCUUCUUCAUUGCAUGGUCUCCUUCAACUUCUCGAAUCCGCGCCAAGAUGCUCUAUGCCACAACUAAAGAAAGGUUUAGACGCGAGCUAGAUGGUGUCCAUUAUGAAAUCCAAGCCACUGAUCCCACAGAAAUGGAUCUUGAGGUGCUGAGGGACCGAGCACAUUGAGAUGUUAAUGUAGUUAUUGAUGUUCUCAUCAAAAUCGUUUACUUUUAAUCAAUUAUCCGUCCUUGCUUUAUAAGUUACAAAACCCAUCUAGCCACAAAAAUGUACCUCCAGUAAUAUGAAUUUGGAUUCAGGAGGCCCAUGAUGGGUUUAAGCUUCUAGCAGCUACUGUUGUAAAUUCCAGUCUGCUUGACUGUACUGUAUGAGUUUGAAUUUAUGGAUUCAUGUCUUGGAUACUAAAAUCCGUUGUUAUUAAUUUGAUAUCUUAUCAUGUUUUGAUA